AUGCCCAUGAAUCCAAACGCAGAGGAACAUUCCCGACUCACCGACGCUGAAUCAAACCUCAUCAGGCUUCACAAAGAUCUCAUUUCCAUCGAAUCCAUUACUGGCAAUGAUCUUAUGGAUACAGUUGGACCAUAUAUUCCACAUUCACGUUCAUCAGAUGGAGAAGAGAAUAUGAUUUGUGGUCGAGGAAGUACCGACGCCAAAGGAUGUAUGACUUCUCAAAUUUUGGCUGUUGAAGAAUUGAUAGCUGAGUAUUCAAUUCAUGAGGGUGAUAUCGGAUUACUCUUUGUAGUCGGAGAGGAAACAGACGGUGCUGGUAUGAAAAGAGCCAGUGAAGUAUUCCAGCAAGAUGGCAUUACAUGGGAGAGUGUCAUUUUCGGGGAACCAUCGGAACACAAAUUGGUCCUUGGAUACAAGGUUGCGCUAGCGUUUGAGAUAAUUGCUCAUGGGAAGGACGCCCAUAGCUCCUGUCCAGAAUUGGGAAUAAACGCAAUUAGUAUUCUGAUAAAGUCACUAGCGGAGAUUGAUGGAAUAAGACUACCUGGAAGUGGUAAGUUGGGUGAAACGACCACAAGCAUUGGGAUGAUACAAGGCGGUGUGGCAUUGAACGUCAUUCCGGCAGCAGCAUCAGCUUCCGUCUUGACAAGAUUGGCAGUGAUGAGGGAAGUGUGGAAGUGGAAUGUGGUCGUCAUUUCGGUCCUGUGA